GGUUGGCGCGUCGCUCCCGGUGCUGUUGCUAUGGAGAUGGAGGUGGGAGCCGCUCGUGCCGCAGUAGACGUUGAGGAGCAGCGGUGUGUGGCUCAGACGUUUUGCUCCACGCGCUAUUAUCUGCUUAUAGUGAUCGGGGACAUUGCAACGGAUCAUCAGCUGCACAAAGUGAAAGAACAAAUAAAACAGGGGCUCCGCUCAUGGGAGAUCGAUCGGACAGUGUGUGAUCUGGACAAUGAGCUGCAGCUCUUCAGAGCCAAGCAUUCAGCUCAGUUCUCUUCAGAGGUGAAAGGACAAAGAAUUCUGCAAUACAAGAGUGAUGUCCUUGAGACAGUUGUAUUAGUGAAUCCGUCUGAGAACAAUAUUGCCAUAGAGAUCAGAACACUCCUGUGUGAUUCAGCUAAACACAAGUUAUUGGUCCUAUGUGGUCAGAGCACUGAACAAGGUGGUGACAUCAUCCUGAACGGUGGCGUGUUUGACUGGAAGAAUUUCUCUGACAUCAUCACAAGUCAAAGAAUUCAGAACUUCCUGAGCCAGUCAGGUCCAGGUGAGCGAGCGUGUCUGACUGUGUGUUGUGACGGAGAGGGGGCCUGGAGCUCCCUAGAGCUCAACCAGGAGCAGAACGUGUUGGACUACAGAUAUAACCCUGACCCUGUGCUCCCCGAGAUGGAGGGUGUUACAGAUUUUACAGAGUACGUCUCUGAGACUGUGGAUAUUGCUUCCCCAUUUGAGCUUCUGGAGCCACCUAGCUCAGGGGGAUUCCUGAAGUUGUCCAAGCCAUGCUGCUACAUCUUCCCUGGAGGCAGAGGUGACUCAGCCCUGUUCGCUGUCAACGGCUUUAACAUAUUAGUUGACGGUGGGUCAGACCAAAAGUCUUGUUUCUGGAAACUUGUGCGACACUUGGAUCGGAUAGAUUCUGUUUUGCUUACCCACAUCGGAGCUGACAAUCUCCCAGGGAUAAAUGGACUGUUGAGGAGAAAAAUUGCAGAGCAAGAAGAGGACCAUUCUCAAGGCUCAAAUGCCUAUGGAGAAUGGAUGAAAAACCUGAUUUCACCUGAGCUCGGUGUGGUUUUCUUCAACGUUCCAGACAAGCUAAAAAUGUCAGAAUCAACUUUGAAAGUUAAAAGGAGCAUCGAGGAGGCGUCACUUACCUUGCAGUACCUCAACAAACUGGGUAUCAAGCCUGAGCCUCUGAAUCGAGUUGUUAGCAACACAAUCGAGCCUGUCACCCUGUUUCACAAAUUGGGUGUUGGUAGGUUAGAUAUGUAUAUUCUAAAUCCAGUCAAGGACAGUAAGGAAAUGCAAUUUUUCAUGCAAAAGUGGGCAGGUAACAGUAAGGCUAAGACUGGUAUUACCUUGGCCAAUGGAAAAGAGGGAGAAAUUUCUGUUCCAUACCUAACAUCAGUAACGGCUCUUGUUGUCUGGGUUCCAGCCAGCACCACUGAAAAGAUAGUGAGGGUAUUGUUUCCUGGAAAUGCACCACAGAACAAAAUUUUUGAGGGCCUGGAAAAGCUAAGGCAUCUUGAUUUCUUGCGUUAUCCAGUUGCUACUCAGAAAGACAUAUCAGCUGGAGGCCCCCCUUCAGUCAUCAAACAAACAAAACUUAAGCCAAGGACUGACAGCAAGGAAAGCCUCAAGUCUUCACCCAAAAUACCUGCCACUACUAAAGCAAGCAAGAAAGAGGCAAAUGAGGACAUUGAAUCAAAAAGCGACUCGGUAAAAGAGACUAAAAUAGAAAAGAAGCCGCUUAAAUUGCAAGAGAGUAUUAAACCUCCCAAACCGGUGAAAGCCAGUACAGAAACCAUCGAUACAGCAAAACAAGAGAAGAAGAAGUUGUUAAAAGAGAAAUCUCCUAAGAAACUUGUCAAGACAUCGAAAAUGGAGGAAAAGAAGGAUAAAGAAAAGAAACAGAUUAAGAAAGAAAAGAAAGAAGUAAAAAAGCAAGACUCUGUUAAGAAAGACGACAAUAAGGAAUCCAAAGCGAAGGCAGAUUCAAAUAAGCCAGAAUUAAGGAAAAUCACCAAACCUGACUCAAAACCCUUCACCCCUGAGGUCAAAAAGACUCUUAACAAAGCAAAGGUUCAAACCAAGCCAAAAACAGAAAAAACAAAAGCAACCAAGGAGCGAGAGAACAGGCCUGCUGCACAAAAGGUUUCAAAAGAGAUACAGGAAAAUGACAGAUCCCUGGUGUCCUCACCGGAAGACCUUACCAAGGAUUUUGAAGCACUGCGACAAGAGGAACUUUCUGAGCUUGCAGAGAGCAAAGUGCUUUCAAAUCUCGAAUCUACAACUUUACCUGACACACAUAUUGUGUCGCCAGAUGAAGGAAUCCCCACUACUGACAACGAGACUGAAUCCCCCCAUGAGGAAAAGCAGGUGUAUGGAGAAAACACAAUGAAACCCCUCACAAAAACAGCAGACAAAUUUGAGGAUGAAGGUGCUGCAACAGAAGAUGACUAUGAGGAAGAAUACAACACUGAGACCAAAACAACUAAAGCUUUAGAUCUCACAGGGAUGGAAGAUGACAAAAAAUGCCUGGACAUCAAGAAGAAUGAAGAUCUUGAAAAGAAACAUAAAAAGAGUGACAGUGAGGAGGAAGAGGAUGUUAUUGAAAAAGCUGAGCUGGAAGAGGCAGAGGAUAUUGUUCAUGAGGAAGAGUUGAAAUAUAAGAGCGAGCAGGUGAAAAAAGAAAAUAUUAGCAAAGACUGGGACACCAAACAAAUUGACACUAAAACAAUCAAACCUGCUGGUGCCACUGAACACAUUUCAUUCAUCCAAGAUGAAACCAUUCCUGGAUACUCAGAGACCGAACAGACCAUUUCUGAUGAGGAGAUCCAUGAAGAGACAGAGGACAGGAUCCCUCAUCUCCGCUAUGAUGAUGUCUCUGUCCCCGAUCAACCUGACUCUUUCUUCCAUGGCAUGAAAGACAUAAAACCCCCAACCAUAUCUGUUGCACCUGAGUUAACAACAAAGAUUAGCAGCGAGGGUCAAGAGCCACCUUUAUCAACAUAUUCCACGAAUAUCAUUGCAGCACCUCUGGCUGAGGAAGAACAUAUAUCCUCAGCCACCUCCAUUACAGAGUAUGAUAAAUUAUCCUCUUUUGCAGCUUCGGUUACUGAAGAUCAGUCUAUUGCCUCUGUGACAGCACCUCCGACUGAGGAACUAGGAAAAAGCUCUUUACUCCUGGACAAUGCGAACAGUAUGCAGUCAUCCAAUCGUACAGAAGGAAAAGAAUACCUUCAUUCAGCUGGUACAAUCUCUCCUACAUCAUCUUUAGAAGAAGACAAAUGCUUCAAGUCACCUCCAUCAGAAGAGUACCAACCCACUGUUCCAGAGACAGAAACUACCAGAAAACCCAGCACUCAACCGCAUGAAGAUGAUGAUGAAGAUGAAGAAGAGGAAGACGACCAGACACCCAAUGUUGACAUGCCACUUGGAAAACUCCAUGAGGGUUAUGCAUCUGCCGCAGUACAGGAACUUCUUGAUAAAUGCCCUUCCUCAGUGGGACCUCUUUCAUCUCCUGGAACUCUUUCCGUCUCACAAGAAAAGGAUGAAAAUAUCAUUUCUCCAGAUGAGCCCAAAAUAGAAUGUGCAGAGAAACCUCUAUCUGGUGCACCCUAUGUCUCCAGUACACCAGAGGCAAGUGGUGCUUCAGAACCAUCAGAGAGAUGUGUAAGUCCAGAUGAUAGCACCAUGAGAAUGGCUUCACCUACACAGUCAGGUCCUACAAGCAUUGGCUAUUCACCUACUGAGGAAAAGGCACCAAAGUCUUUAUUUAUGGAGAAAGAGGACAGAAUGGACAAGGACACAUACAACGUUCAAAUGUUCGCUAAACAUGAAACAGUUGUAGACACUGAUCCAAGCAAAAUGACUGUUAAAAUAACGGACAAUGAAGGUGACCCAUUUAAAGGUGGAUUCUCCAGCACAAGGGCAACAUUUGACGAUUCAGGUGAAGAAGACAACGAUGUUGAUGAAGAGGAAGAACAAGAUUAUUUUGGAAAGGGGGAAACAAAACCAAAAUACAAAGAAGAGAGGGAGAGUACGUUCCUUGAUGAAGAUGACAUUUGUGAACUACAAGCUUUAAAAGAGGAAAAGCUAAUUAAAAUGGAGAAAGAGGAAGCAGAUCAGAAAGAUAAACCACAAGACAUGACCUACUUGGAGAAAGAACACAAAUCCCAGAUGCUGAGCUCUGAAGAGGAGGAAGAGAGUGAAGAUGAAGAGUGCACCUACUCAAGCAUAAAGGGGCAUCCGGACAAGUUUGAUUCGGUGUCAGAAGCCUAUAACAAAAAAGAUGUGUCAUUCUCAGAGAAAGAUGACUCAACAGGGAUGUCCAAAAAUGGAGAUAAAAGUGUACACUUCAACUUGUACUCUUUCCCUCAGUCUGAAAAGAAUGUUAAAGAAGACCAUAUGAGGGAAAUAAGGCAGGAUACACCUUAUGUAGGAAAGAGUUUUACGUAUUCGGACGUAUAUGACAGUAAAUCUAGUUCAGUGGAUUCAUACUCUCCUAAUUUAUCGAAAGACAAUGAUAAGUCUGAUGAUCGUAAGGAAGCAGAGAAAAAAGAUUCCAUAUAUACCUUCAUGGAACCUGCAAAGAUGUCAAAUUUGGAGGAAUCUCACCUGAAGGAUGUGUCAUCAUCAUACAGUGAAACCAAAACAUGCAUGGGAUCGAACGUUUUAGAUGACAAAUCUACAGACAUAUUAACUGAGGCCAAAAAAUCGUUCUCACCAGAAAGAGACGUAUUUUCUGUUCAAUUUGAUAAGUCUACUGUCAGUGGAAAGACAGAAGUAGGUGAUAAACCAUCAAGUGAUUAUCAAGAGGACCUUGGCUGUUUGGCUGCACAAAGCAACCUUUCUUUGACAGCUCAGUCUUUGAGUGACGCGACAAGAGCAAGCGCACUAGAGAUGAAGAUGUUAGCACAUGGAGAGGAUGACGAUGAUGACGAUGAUGAAGAUACUGAGGAAGAAGAAGAUGAUGACGAUGUUUACAGGAGACGUGUCAGUGACGAUAUGGAUAAAGAUGCUAAAUACGGACUAACGAAAGAUAUAAGCCCUUUAUGUGGUGCCAUCAGCAAAGUGCCACCGGAAUUCAAGGAGGAAAAGAAGGACACCUCACAGGAUUAUGGUUUUGGCUCUGAUAGCUAUGACACGCCUCCUUUUGAAGCGACAAUGAGUCAUAAAAAUGCUGAGGAAGCGUUUGAAAUGGGUAAAAAAGAAGUGUCAUCACCACUCUCUGGCAGCCACAUGUCAGAAUAUUCUGGUUAUGAAUAUUCCUAUGGCGAGGUGAAAAAGUCUGACCCGUCCAGUCAUUUAGCCAAAGACGAUAACUAUGGUCAGUCUUUCUUACCCCUAUCAACAAAACCGAGCGAAGACAAAUAUUUCCAUGAUGACAAAGACUUAGAGUUUGAAAAACAACAGACAACAGACGUUUUAUCAAAAAAACCUGGAGACUCUGUCUCACCAGGCUUCAGUUAUACAACCACAUCAGCCACAGCAUACUCAUCCUCUUCCUCCUACAGUCACUCCUCCUCUGCCUCUGCCUCUCUCUCCACAAGUCGCCAGUUUGGAGAUGAUCUAGAAACUCCAGCGAGUGUUGGAUAUGAGUAUUCACCCUUUAAAGAUGAGCACUCCCCUGUGGUAGAUUCACCAUUCUCCAGUUCUGUUGGUGGGCUGGUUAAAGAUGAGUAUUUGGAGGUGUCAGAGAAGAUGACUCCCACCACCACCACAGCUGAGUCCACGUCCAGCGUAACGAGGGUUUCACCAAUGUCACCAUUUGAGGAGAUCAAGCCCUUUCCUUCUCAUCCACUUACCUCUGCAGUGGAUAAAAAAGAAGAACUUGCCAGCUCUACAAGUAGCGCUUCAGCCAAAGGCCCCCAGGGUGCAUGCUUUUACAAGCCAGAAUGGGAAGCAGAUACGGGUUUGCAGCCUGAAUUUGGUGCUACCGGACCUUACAAUCUUCUUUCCGAGUGUACUGAGAAAGACACUAUGAAAAAAGAUCUGUUUGGUGCUUCCCCAAAACCUCAUGCUGAUUUACCUGAGAAACAAUAUUAUGAAGACACUGAGAGUAGCGAAGAGGAGGAAGAUUACAUUUGUGAGUCUGAACAGGACAAACUGCACUACCAAAGAUCUCCAUUAACAGCUGAAGCAGACAAGAAAGAUGAUCCAUUUUCUAUGACUGAAAAACUGUCUUCUGCCAGUAAAGUAAGCACAUUUCCAGACGUGCUUACGUACACUUCUUCAAUACCAGAGACUACAAAACCAGAUACUGCAAAUGGUCCCGCAGAGGUCACUAUGGCAGCACCAGAGGCCUUUGCUGAUGUCAGCAAGGUUACAUCCAGCCUACCGAAAACUGAACUGAAAAGUGAACAGUUUGAAGCGUGCAAAAUCAGGAAUCCAUUUGAAUGGGAGAUACAGCAGCAAAGAGGCAUUUACCCAGGAGAAUCACCACCUCAUUAUCGUCACGAGGAUGAGUAUGAGGAAGAAGAGGAAAAAGAGCCUGUGCAUCCACCUCGUCCUCUUUCCCUUUCAUCUGCAGAUCAGUCUUUCCCAUCCUCCUACUAUAAAGAAGAUCCAAGCAAACAUGACCAUCCUUCCGAUGCAUUUACGGGUGCCGGCUCCUUCUCCUCGUCCCCGGGGUACGCUUCCUCUGAGUACAAACAGAGAAAGGGAGACACUUCCCCAUCAUUUAUCAACCCGAGCAUUUGCCAUCUGUCCAGUGAUGAGGAAGAUGAAGAACAAAGAAGCCAGGAUGCAGAUCAGCAGCAGCCAUCAGGCAAGAAACGAUCACACAACCAGCCGCAGCAUGGUUCCUACAGAGGAGACAGUGAAUCACAGCACCUGUCUGGAGCUAUGGCAGCAGGGACUGGCCUAGCUGGAGAGGACACACCUCCAACAUCUGUCAGUGAAUCUCUACCCUCACAGACGGACUCUGACGUUCCACCCGGAACAGAGGAGUGCCCUUCAAUCACGGCAGAAGCAAAUGCAGAAUCAGACGAGGAUGCAGAUUAUCUCCCUGUGGACAAAUCAUCUGGAGCCUAUGGUGGAAAGCAUUUCUCAUCCCGGUCAGAUAAAAAUCACGAUCCACUGCCCUCACCGAUGAUGGACCCAGCCCCUCACCCACCUCAUCCUGAUGUCUGCAUGGUAGACCCAGAUGCUCUCUCCAGCCUUACAGACAAACCUUUAAAGAAAGACCCUAAAACAAAGAGCCUUCGCAAAACAAGCAAGUCAAGGUCACCAGCCAGGAAAGCUGAUGCCCUUCGUAAGAGAUCUCCAUCAAAGGAUUCCUCUCCUCGUACCACCUCUCUGAAAAAGAAGGACUUAGAGGACGAUCUGUCCAAGUCAAGUCACAACACUGGCAAGGGCCUGGUCAAUGGAAUUAAAUCUAUUUCAGCAUCAAACAGUGCAAAAUCCAGUUCUGCUGCACCCUCUGGUUCUCCAAUCUUUGUGGACUUGGCCUACAUUCCCAACCACUGCAGUGCUAAAAAUGUCGACCAGGAGUUCUUCAAACGUGUGCGCUCAGCCUAUUAUGUAGUGAGUGGGAAUGACUCCAGCAGUGAAGAGCCUAGUCGUGUUGUCCUGGAUGCACUGCUGGAGGGAAAAGCACAGUGGGGCUCAAAUCUACAGGUGACGUUGAUCCCUACCCAUGAUACAGAAGUGAUGAGGGAGUGGUACCAGCAGACCCAUGAGAAGCAACAGGAGCUGAAUAUCAUGGUGCUGGCCAGCAGCAGCACAGUUGUCAUGCAGGAUGAGUCAUUCCCUGCUUGUAAGAUUGAGUUCUAAGUAUGGCAUGGCUCCCAGGUUCACACUUUUACACUUAAACGAUCCUUUAUCGCCUUAUUUGUCAUUUCUUCAGGGUAACAAAUUUCCUUUGAUAACAUUGUCCAUAGUCACUCAGUAGUCUCGCAUCUCUCCAAAUACAGUUAUGGCUCUCUAACAUUCCCAACCCUGAAUUGAGCAUGGUAUUAUCCAGAAAGACUUUAGCAGGAUGUGCCUUCAACAUUAGGAUUUUCGGUUUACUUUCUCCCUUUAAUGAAGAAAGAAAUACAUACGAUUUCAUUAUUACAUUAAUCUUAUUUUUACAAUUCCCAUUUCGACUAUGUAUUGUUGAAUGAUGCAGUUACAUCAUUCAGAUUAAAAGGUUUAAACCAUCCCAGGUUUAUUUCUCGAGGCACACACGUCAUUCAGAACCCGUUUGGAGUUUGUUACUUUACCGUUCAUUUAUUCUCAUAUUAUUUAUGCAUGUGACGUUCUUCUGCACACAACUUCAGACCUACAUAUACGCUCUCUGUUCUCUCGCUCAUACACACAUACUACACAGGAAGUCAUAUAUUAAUCACGUUAUCUAUUCUUCAACAGCUAAUGACAUGCCGGUAUCCGUACAUACAGUUUGCAGAAUAUUUCCUAGUAUCCAGAUAGAUGUUGCCAUGGUCAGAACGUAGAAAACAUGUAAGGGUUUAUUUUUUUCGUUAAUUAAUAGCACCACAAUGUACUUAAGAAAGUUCCGAUGUAAACAUGCCUUUAGUCAGACGGAGAGGACAAACCUCACAAACAUAACAUGAGACAAGAUGGCUGAUGUUGUUCUCUGUGAAGAAUUAGGAUUAGGUGUAGGAUUAAGUCAGUGUUAACCUGUCGAACUGUUUAUUUCGUGCUCUAUGCCGUCAAAGUUCAUUUCAUCGUUUUAAAUGGCUAUUUUUUAGAUUUGACUAUAAAAAAAAACAUGAACUGUAUCAGCACUUUAUAAUGAUUUCUUUUUCGUUUUGACUUUAUUUAAUGCUUUGUAAAUAUAGAAAAUCUGACAGAGAUGGGUGGGGAAAAGCCAAAGGAAUUAGCAAUAGAAAAAGAUUGUGAAUGUUGAAUUUUAGGAGCGCCGUAGUCGAUGGUAUGCUGCAGAGGGUGUGGAUGGUAUAAACUUGGAUAAGGUUACAUGUUUGCUGCACAAGUGUGGGCGGAAUUAAUGACUAUGAAUAACCGGCAUCUUUUCCUAGGGCUUAAUCCAGGAUUGCGUUUAGUUUGGGAUAUUAAUAAGCACAUUGUGGCCUCUGAUAAGAAUAAAACCAUUUAUGUUAUUAGAAAAUUUGCUUCAUUUCUGAGCCCAAAUGGUUAACUUUAGGAAUGAAAUCCCCCUACCUGAGGUUAUACACCCCAAACUGGUUAUUUAAGUAUUUUAAAACGGAACGGAAAAUGUUUAGAGAUGUGUUUCAAGUCAGGUUGAAAAAUAUAGCUUCAGUGGAAAUAGAGGAUUCCCUUUUUGAGAUUUAGAGAAUUAUCGAUAAAAAUAUGACAGAUUGAAAUGUUCGCAUGGGUCAAUAGAAGUAAGAAAAAUGGCUUGAUGAACAUGUUUGGAAGACAUAUAUGUUAAAUGUCUGUAAUACAGUAAAAAUAAAUGGGAUUCGAUUCAACACGUUACUAUUUAUGAACUUUUUUUAAAUUUUUUUUUACAAAAAUUAAAUUCCCCAGUAAAUUCGCCUGUUUGUGUAUUAAAGUGAAAUAUCACGGAGAAAUGAUUUUUAUUAUACGUUGACACUAAUAAGUUAGCCAAAAAUCGCAUAGUUUCAUUUGGGAAUAGACAAAUUAUUGCUUGAUUUCUGGAUAGUGCACUGGAGAGUGGCCAGCUGUUCUCUGAAAAUGUAUCUGGGAUAUUUCACGUUAAUGUUUACAACAACUUUUUAAGCUGCUGGUUAUUUCUAAGUGCUAAGAAGACACGUUCUCACUAAGCGUGGAUAUAAGACGAUUCAGUACAAGGACAAUAAAUGUUAAGCAAGCAAAAUGCUAUCGUGUAUCUGACUGCCAGAUCAUGUGACCUGAUCACUGAUCGUAUUUUAUUUUCAAGGUUUUUAAGUGACGUCCAUUUUUCGCGAGCAGAUGAACAACAUAAUGAACAAAAAAAGAAAAAGAAAAGAGAUAACUCAUCAGUGUGCUGUGCAAAAAAACAAGCCUCUUUUAGUUGUAUUUUUUAAUGAUCCACAUCUUGACAGUAACACAUCAUUGAAAUCCUGCUUUCCAUUCAGCCUGGCUAGUUUCUGCAUGUGAUCUUCAAUUUGAACGUGUAUGUUCUAGUUCAAUAAUGAUAUUAAAUACAGUACUAUUUUAAAGAUAUAUAUAUUUAAAUGCUAAAUGUCUCAAUGGUCUCAAUGGCACAUAUAACUGGGCCGCGCUCUCAUUUAACUCUGUGCCGUGUUUAAAAGGACAUACUGUGUGCUUCUUCUUUUUUUUUCUUUAAUUUUUAUUAAUUAUUAUUAUGAUUAUUUCUCACGGUAAAUUUAUUUGUCUUCUUUUUCAAACUUCCUUUAGCUCUGUUUCUCUGUUUGGUCUUUUGAUUUUUUUUCUGUGCAAUAUUUCUGUAUCUCUCUUCGAAGUUUCUCUAAAUGUAGAGUAUCUACAGAUUUGUUGUAAAAGGGUAAACCUGGUGAUCACCAAUAAAAAAAUGCAGUCGUCAAAACGUU